AGCCAGGCGGUGGCAGACUCUUGUAGUCUCUGACGGCUGGAGUCCUCUUUCUCGGAGUCUCUCACCUUAGAGGUCACUUUGCUUUGCAUCAGUUUGAGGAGCACAAAGUGACCUGCCCUUGCACCAUCUCGCAUUUCCCCCUCCCCAAGAAAAAGCCUGCUUGAGAAUUAUCCAGGGGAUUUGUUGCCUGCUAUCUCCCUCCAGAAGAUGAGGAUGUAUCAAUUUGUGUAAGCUUGCCAAAUCUGCGUGCACCCGGGGUUGACCAGAAAGAGUUAAUAAAGAUUGCAGGCUGCUCCCAGCAUGAAUCCUAUGUGUACCUCAUAGCUAUACUAGCCAAUCAUAGGCAACAGAGGUAUGAACUAUAGGAUGGUGUAAAAAGCAAGGUAAAGAAAUUUGGAUGUAAAUUGUCACGGCAUAUUGGACUACAGGAGUCUGGGCUGUCUUGGCUACUGAUCUCUGUGCACUUACAGACCAUCAUGCAUUUUAGUAGGUGUUGAGGGAAAGCUAAGAGAAUGAAGACUCUAAGCCCACAGUGGAAGCAUGAUAUGGCGAUGCAGUGCUGGUGCUGAAUUGUUCUCUCUGAUGGCUCUAUGGGAGUGGAUAGCACUGAGUCUUCAUUGCUGGGUUUUAGCGGUUGCUGCCGUUUCAGAUCAGCAUGCCACAAGCUCCUUCGACUGGCUCCUCUCUGAUAAGGGACCUUUCCAUCGCUCACAGGAAUACACAGAUUUUGUGGACAGAAGUCGACAGGGAUUUAGCACAAGAUACAAGAUUUACAGAGAGUUUGGCCGCUGGAAAGUAAACAAUCUAGCUGUUGAAAGAAGAAAUUUCCUUGGCUCCCCACUGCCUCUUGCACCUGAAUUCUUUCGCAACAUAAGACUACUAGGACGUCGCCCAACCCUUCAGCAAAUCACAGAGAACCUUAUCAAGAAAUAUGGGACACAUUUCCUACUGUCAGCUACCUUGGGAGGAGAGGAGUCACUCACAAUUUUUGUGGACAAGCGGAAGCUGAGUAAGCGAUCAGAAGGAAGUGAUCCCAGCACCAACAGUUCUUCUGUGACUCUGGAGACUCUGCACCAACUGGCAGCCUCUUAUUUCAUUGACAGGGACAGUACUCUCCGUAGACUUCACCAUAUUCAGAUCGCCUCCACUGCCAUCAAGGUAACAGAAACCCGGACUGGUCCUCUUGGCUGCAGUAACUAUGACAACCUAGAUUCUGUCAGUUCUGUUCUGGUUCAGAGUCCUGAAAAUAAGAUUCAGUUACAAGGUCUUCAGCUCGUCCUGCCUGAAUAUCUGCAGGAGCGUUUUGUGCAGGCAGCUUUGAGUUAUAUUGCCUGCAAUUCAGAGGGGGAGUUUAUCUGCAAAGAUAAUGAUUGCUGGUGUCAGUGUGGCCCCAAAUUCCCAGAGUGCAACUGUCCAUACAUGGACAUUCAAGCCAUGGAGGAAACCCUGCUUCGCAUAAGUGAAACCUGGAAUGCUUACAACAGCGAAUUUGAAGAGUCAGAUGAAUUCAAGUUCUUUAUGAAAAGGCUGCCCAUGAACUAUUUCCUCAACACGUCUACCAUAAUGCAUUUGUGGACAAUGGAUUCUAAUUUUCAGCGUCGUUAUGAGCAACUGGAAAACAGCAUGAAACAACUUUUCCUUAAGGCACAGAAAAUUGUACACAAGCUCUUUAGCCUAAGUAAGAGAUGCCAUAAACAGCCACUCAUCAGCUUGCCAAGACAGAGAUCGUCAAUCUAUUGGCUAAACCGCAUCCAGUCCUUUCUGUACUGCAAUGAAAAUGGUCUUCUGGGAAGCUUUUCUGAAGAGACUCAUUCGUGCACCUGCCCUAAUGAUCAGGUCGCCUGCAACGGGUUCCUUCCCUGCAUUGUGGGAGAUGGCUCUGCAUGUUUAACAUGUGCACCUGACAACCGCACCCGCUGUGGGAACUGUAAUACUGGAUACAUGCUGAGCCAAGGGCUUUGCAAGCCUGAAGUGGCAGACUCCACAGAGCACUACAUUGGGUUUGAGACAGAUCUUCAGGAUCUGGAGAUGAAGUAUUUAUUGCAAAAAACUGACCGGAGGAUUGAAGUCCAUGCCAUUUUCAUCAGCAAUGAUAUGCGCCUCAAUAGCUGGUUCGAUCCCUCCUGGCGCAAACGGAUGCUCCUUACCCUUAAGAGUAACAAAUACAAGUCUAGCUUGGUCCAUAUGAUACUGGGUAUCUCUCUUCAAAUUUGCCUAACAAAAAACAGCACCUUGGAACCUGUUCUAGCAGUUUACGUCAACCCUUUUGGAGGCAGCCACUCUGAAAGCUGGUUCAUGCCGGUGAAUGAAAACAGUUUCCCAGACUGGGAGCGGACUAAGCUGGACUUACCUCUUCAGUGUUAUAACUGGACGCUGACUCUAGGCAACAAGUGGAAGACAUUUUUUGAAACAGUACAUAUCUACUUGAGGAGUCGAAUUAAGUCAAAUGGUCCAAAUGGCAAUGAAAGCAUCUACUACGAACCCCUGGAAUUUAUCGAUCCUUCACGUAACCUAGGCUACAUGAAAAUCAACAACAUCCAAGUGUUUGGCUACAGCAUGCACUUUGACCCAGAAGCAAUUCGGGACUUAAUUUUGCAGCUGGACUACCCCUAUACUCAGGGAUCACAGGACUCAGCACUUUUGCAGCUAUUAGAGAUACGGGACCGUGUAAAUAAACUCUCCCCGCCUGGCCAGCGUCGUCUAGACCUGUUCUCUUGCUUGCUACGACAUAGACUCAAACUAUCUACCAGUGAGGUGGUGAGGAUUCAAUCCGCUUUGCAGGCCUUUAAUGCCAAAUUACCAAACACAGUGGAUUAUGACACAACCAAAUUAUGUAGUUAACCAUCAAUGUGAAGCACAACACAAAACCUUGAAGGAGUUUUUACAGUGCUUUUGUGGAACAGUUUAUGUUUGGAAGAGUAAAUUUAAAUUGUCUUUUCAAUAUCUGUCUUAUAUCAGUCAAUACCAUUGGAUGGCAAUUUACACACAUGAACUUGCUGACAAUGAAUAUAUUAUACCUGCAGUUUUGGUUUAUGAAUGAAAUAAAUACUGACACCAGUCUAGAAGACAUUCUACUUUUUACAAUAAAUUUCAUUUGUAAUUUUAUAUGUUCCGUGGCAAUGCUUUUGUGCAUUACA